AUGAAGACCCGCCAGCUGCCGUCGGCCACGACCACGGUCUCUUACCGGGCAAAACAGCGAGAUCUGGGAGGCAGGCCAGCGGGAGUCGGCAUGCCCUGCGAGCGGGAGCGUAAGCACGAGGCCGCCAUGCGGGAGCGGGAGGAGCAGAUGAAGCGGGAGAGGGCCGCGGCGGCGGCGGCAGCGGCGGCACAGCGGGUACGCCUACAUAACCGUAAGAUGAACGCGGAGGAGGAUCAUGCCAAGCGCAGAAUUUCGCAUCCCAAGGACCGACUUCAGGCAUACAGAGGAUAUGUUACUGGAGUAUCGCGAGGACUAUCUGGAACACGAGAAACCGGAAAAACUGGGGAAAGCGGAUCUGGAGCUCGAAUGGGAAAGUCUGCUAAAGCAGCAGCAGCUCCGCCCCAGGAUCCCAAUGAUGACCCAGAUGAGUGCGACGCCAAGGCCGAACGCCUGAGGAAGCAGCUCGAAGAACUGGCCGCCCUGUCGGAGGAUGAGUUUGAGGUUAAAUUCCGGCAGUGGCUGGAUCAGGAGGGAAUUGCCCGGGAAAUGCACUCCCACCUGCGUGUGGAGCUCAUCCAUUGUUUUAACAACACGGCACUGGGUCAGCUCCUCAGCAAGGCCGCUGGCGUGCAGAUGGCCCAUUCGCACUCUCUGCUCGUCUCUCCGCUGGCCAUGGUCCUUCACACUUUGGUGGCGGAGUUUCUGCACUCCCAGAACUGCCACUUCACUUUGUCGGUCUUCUGCAGCGAGACGCCCCAUCGCCAGAAGCUGCCCGAUUUCAGUAGUCGGCCCGAGUUCCGGUUCCGGCCGGAGGAACUGCAGCAGGUCUUGAUUGAAGUUCUAGGCGGUGAGGAGGCUUCACCGGAUCCGGAACUGAGUCAGAUUACUUUGACUCACUACGAGGAGGAUCUGGCUGGCCAGACUCAGUGUUUGCUGAUGGCUCUAAUGCGAGCGCUGUUGGAUAUAAGGAGGGAUUUGCCCAUCCAGAUGGAGGAUAAGAAGGAUCAGACAAUUUCCGUAUCCCUGCAAGAUUCUAGCUGUCAAACGGAGCCCUCUGCAUGCCUGGAAGUUCGUCCCGAGGUGGACACCACUGGUUUUUAUCAGGCGGAGGAGAACGAGCUGUUCCUGGGCGCCGAUGGCCGCAGUGUCUUUGUGGGCGGCCGUGUCUCGCAAUCGCUGCACUCCGUGGAGAAUCUGCUUAACCAAUUAAUGAAGAACCUCCGCUUUCUGGCCAAGUCCUGUGCUCCUCCAGUAGAGGUAAUAUCCCCGCCCAAGCUGGAAGAUCUUCUGAAGAAGGAGCUGCGCGAAAGGGAGCGUCUCCUGAAGGCAGGAAAAACCUUUGAUCCUGGCAAGUCGGUGACAAAACUAGCUUCAGAAGAGAAAGUGGAGGGGCAGAAAUCCACCUUUGUAAAGGGCGAGGAUGAUGUGGUUCAAUCGGAAGUGGGGCCCAUCCUAUUACCAGCUCUGGAUGUGCCCCUUCCGCGCCUGCCACGCCUGCGCGGAGAGCAAUUGGCCAGUCUGGCAACGAUUCGGCAGUCAUUAGAAAAGAUCCAAAAGAGGUCUCGCCAACCGCAGGGCCGGAUGUACGUGUCCAUGGAGCGAAUGGAGACUCUGAUGAACGACGUUUGCGGCAGCGUCCGUUUGCUCGUCAAUGUGCUCAAUCUCUCCAUGGAACAGGAACAUAGCGUGGGCGAACACAAGGGAUUCAAGGAGGGUUAUCGCGAGGGUUUUGCUCAUGGGCAUUUUAUGGGUCUACAGGAGGGUCAGAUGAAGGAGCAGUGCGAUCAGAUGAAGAGGGAAAGAGAAAGGGAAAGGUCCGAAACCUCCGUCCAAGUGGACAUCAAGAUUCCCACAAAGUCUAGAGCCACCCAAGCCUCACGGAGGUCCGCUCGCAAGGCGAAUGUACACACCCAAACGGACCAAGAGCACCAUAAGGAUGCUUGCCAACAGGCCAAUUUAUCAGACCCAAAACCCAUGCACAGGUCAUACGAGCAGUGGAUCCACGAGAUGCUGCACAGCUCCAGUGGUCAAGUGUUCCUCGAACGCGUGGAGCUCUCCUUAAACAAGGCCAUGGAUCUGCAGAAGGCGCGGCUGGACGAGCUCUUCCAGGUGAAACUGCGACACCAGGCCGAGAUGGUGCGGCUAAGUAGGAGGCAGAACACCUGGAGGACCCUUUGCAAACGAGUGGAGCGGGACUCCUCAUCAACAGCAGAGGCACGGGAGCUGGUCCAGAAGAUAUUUGGGCUGCUGGAGCAUUACGAAGCCCACCAUCAGCAGUUGGCGGAGAAGAUCCAGCAGACGGAGAUCGCGGCGGAGCAGGAGGCUCGCAUCAUGCCCAUGUGGACGGAAGGAGGUGGCAAUGGCUCCGCUCCUGGCAAUACGAACUCGCCGCUCACUUCUAGUGGGAUCAGCACCCCGAAACCAGCUAAGAAUUGCAUCGAGGAACCCAUACCAACUGCUGCCAUGGAAGUGGAUAACAGCCAUGCGACUGUCCUUGGGUAUCGCUACCAAUUACUGGCAGUGGCCCCGCCAGAAGGAAUUCCAGUGACAGGCACCCUUGUGCCCGUCAAGCCUCGACAUUCUGUCCAUUUCGCAAAGGAUCUUGUUAGUCCUUCUACCCGUAAACCUGUACGUCCUAGUAACAUUCCUGCCGAGCCUAGCCCUGAUCAUCCUAUAACCAUCGUUAAUAAUAAUCCUAUUUCUGAAGAGCCUCUUCCAAGGGAUUCACAACCUGUGGAAAAUCCAGCCAUGUGAGUUUUUAGAUUUCCAAUAUCCUUUUCGUCGCUUUCUCCUCGGGAGCCUUCCCCUCCUGGGGCCAAUGUUGCGCCCUCCACUGCAUCCACCACUGCGAUUCCCAUUCAGCCUACUGCGGAAACCGAACUUCAACCAGUACCUCCUGCUUCUGAUCCUCCAAUGCCAUCGACGCACUCUGUGGCCACCAAUACGAUGACUCCACUUCCAUUAAAGUUGACACCACUCACAACGUCUCCUGGUCACUCCGUAAAGGGACCGAGCUUCGCGGAUGCUUUACUAAGUGCGAAGAGUCGCAUGCUGCAGCUGGAACAGGAGAGCGACCUGCUCGAACGGAGUUUCCUCAGCUGUCUGGAGAAGACCAAGUCGAAGACGUUUGCUCAUAAAUCCACAGAGGAGCCACCGAAGAACAGAAGGAUUCGCUCUGGCUGCCUGAGGGAACGUGAACAGAUAAAUCGCACCAUGGACGGUCUUCGGGAUUGGCAUGGACGCAUUCGCAAGGAGGAUAGAACUCAAGUGGAUGAGCUGCAGAACCAGAUAACUAUACCAGGCACCAUGCUAGAUUCAACACCACCAUGGCUGUCGGAACUAGAGGAUGGCCACGAGCAGAAUAGCUAUCCCUUCACCAACGCCAUCUCCGAAGCAAGAAACAAAUUUCUGGGCAAGAUAAUGCCGAUCGAAAGAGAGGAGAAGGAGGCGGAGGAGAAGCAGGUUGUUCGGACGGAUUGGCUGGAGGGUCUGCCAUCAGAGGUUCCAGAACUUCUAAAACCUACUAAGCCCCAGGAACUGGACCGCCUGCUUACCGAUAUAACGCCCGACUUAACGCGAAGCAGCAGCAAUGGAGAGAUCAGCUUGCUCCUCCAGCGGGCCAAAAUGGCCCUUGGCUUUAGGGCAUCGAAUCCGCUGCUGGACAGUAGCAGCAGCAGUUCCAGCAUGGAGUUGCCAUCUAUGGGAACCGGAAGGUCGCCGAGCACAAAAUUCCAGGCAUCCAUGGCCAAAAUGCAACUUCUCUUUGGCGCCGCAGAUCCAGUAAAGCCAGCCGUGUCCUCAAUCCCGCCCAAACCCAAUAGACCUGUGAGUGCACCCACUGCAGGAUCAGGAUCGGGAAUACUGAAGAAUUCCCAGCUCCCACAACGGCCCCAUACGGCACCCACUCUCAGCACAAUCGGCGAAAAGAUACCGCCCGCUCUUAGCUUGGACGUUUCCUCAUCCAGCUCUUCGGAGAGCACCUUGCCCGAAAGGUCAGCUGGGAAGGCUUUCGAGGCGUUGGUUACGAGCGCCGUGGCGGGUGGCCAGCACCGCGAUCCGGAUUCAAGUCAAGAAGUAUCCUUCAGCCAGGCCUUCUGGAAACGCAUGAAUCUGUAAAAGAAUCCGCGGAAGAUCCUAAUAAAUGUGUUUUAAA